CUGGUUAAGGAGCAGGUUCCCCGUGCCUGCCCGGUGCCAACUUUAAUACUUUCUCAGCACCAGAUCUCCAGAGGAGACUGUCCUUGAAUGCUGUUCUCCAUGACAUGCCAAAAAGGAGCGAGGAAGCACACUGGUCUACUCAGAAACGCCACUGCUGAAGAGAAGCAGCUCUGUGCAGAUAAAUAGCCAUUAAUUGCUGGCAUUUAAUCUCGCUUCUCAAGCUUUCUUGUCCUCAAAAACGAAAAGCCACAAAGAACAUAAUUAGCCAUACAGAGUGCAAGCCAAAUGGGAAGAUUUUCCAGCAAGAUUUGGAACUGGACAGUGCUCUUCUAUCCCCUUCAUCUUUCCUGAUUCAUCCCUUCCCACUGAUUCUUGCUUUUUAAUCUACUGGUCUUAUAGGCCCGCUAUUUAUUUUAAAAUAUUUUAAUUUUUUCUGUCACCUGCUAAGUUAGGUGUCAGACACUUUCUAUCGCCUGAAUGGACAGGGAUACUUUUGCUUACUCCACUAAGUUUUUUCGUGAUUAUACUGGCCCAUCGAGGGGCGCAAGCUGCCAACCCCAUGAACAUGUCGAUUACAUUGAGAAGCCAGAAACUUUCACUUAUGCAGACUUUUUCAAAGAUUACUUGAUCCCCAAUGAUCCCUGCGUUUUCUCAGCAAAGUUUACUGAGGGCUGGGAGAGCAGGAGGAAGUGGGUGACUCCAGAUGGGAAGCCUAACUUCGAGUAUCUUCUGCAUUCUUUUGGAGAAGCUGUAGUUCCUGUUGCCAACUGUGAUGUCAAGGAAUACAAUUCUAACCCAAAGGAACAUCUUAAACUCAAGGAUUACAUAAAUUACUGGAAAGAACACAUUAAAAAAAGCUAUCGAUCGGCUCGAGGGUGCCUUUACCUCAAAGACUGGCACCUGCAGAGGACUUUCUCAGACCACGAUGUUUACACGACCCCCAUCUAUUUCUCAUCCGACUGGCUGAAUGAAUACUGGGAUGCCAUCGCAGUGGAUGACUAUCGAUUUGUCUACAUGGGACCCAAAGGCUCAUGGACUCCCUUCCAUGCCGACGUCUUCCGCUCGUACAGCUGGUCGGCCAACAUCUGUGGGAAGAAGAAAUGGCUGCUCUUCCCCCCGGGGCAGGAGGAGCACCUGCGAGAUCGGCACGGCCACUUGCCGUUUGACAUCACUGCGCCCGAGCUCAAGAACAGCAACCUCUACCCUCGCUACGCCCAAAGCAGCCCUCCUGUGGAAAUCAUUCAGGAAGCCGGCGAAAUUGUUUUCAUCCCAAGCGGGUGGCACCAUCAGGUUUACAAUCUGGAGGAUUCCAUCUCCAUCAACCACAACUGGGUGAACGGGUGCAACGUGGCCAUCAUGUGGAGCUUCCUUCAGGACGAGCUAGCUGCUGUCCAGCGGGAAAUCAGAGAAUGGAAAGACAGCAUGGACGACUGGCACUUGCAAUGCCAGGUACUGAUGAAGUCCUACACAGGCAUUGACUACAAGGAGUUCUACAACUUCCUCAAGGUCAUCGCAGAAAACCGGAUUUUCGUCCUUGAGAACCACCACGCGGAAGAAGAGGCCUCCAGACAUUCCUACAGAGCUGCCAUCUCUGGUUUGGGCAUGCUGCAUGCAGUCUUCGAUUUAAAAAGGACUGCAAAGGUCCUGACCUCUCUGAAUGCCAACGAGGAAUUCAAGAAGCUGACCCCCGAGGCCCUUUCUCCUCCUCCUCAGGCACUGCUGCACCGCCUGAAAGCAGCGAUAGAUACUGCUCUCCUCUAGUCCCCCGUUUAGUUCGACCAGCUGCAGAAGCGCGACUUUUGCAAACUGGGUGCAUGCUGAUUAGUUAUUCCAAUCACCCCAUUUAGAAGUCUUCAGCACCGUGAAUGUGAGUAGUGAAUGGGGAGGUGAGGUUAGGGUGUGUCGAACACGGGAUGUAGCUGGAAAAGGAAAAGAUCCCCCCCAGUAAGAUUCAGGGGUAGCAAUCGAUUUGCUCACUGAGAUCUAGCCACGUGAGGAAUGCGGCUGUCCGCAUCAACCAUUCCAAGCGAAGUCCUUUUGGCUGCAGCCUAUACACUUGCCUAGGAGUAAGCCUCAUUGACCGCAGUGGAACUUACUGCUGAGUAAAUAUGCAUAGUCUUGUGCUGUUCAUUUGGGAAUUGUGGGGGUUGUCGUCGUUCAUCCGAAUGCAUCUGACGUGCAUUCCAGUUAGGGGGCAGAAGAAAAGGGGGUGUAUCGUAUUGAUCAGUAUGUGCACCUUUUCAUAGCCACCGGUUCGCUUAACUCCUCCAUGCAGUGAGUCAGGGGAGAGGCCAGGUGUACUCACCUCAGGCCUGGCACUACACCUUCAGGGACUCUGAGCAACAGGUGCUCACCGGGCCUCAACAGCCCAAGCAUGGCAGCUGAAAUACAGGUUCCCCCUGUGGCGGCUCGUGGCGUCACCCACAGACUGCAAGCACUACUUGGGACUAUUCUUUCCCGUAACUGAAAGUAGCACUUUCUCGGUUAUUGCCAGAACAAAGGUGGUCUAAAGUAGGACGGUUGCAGAAAAGUAGUGCGGUCGCUGGAUUAUUUUUACACCCUGAAAUGGUAACAUGUUUUUCAGUGCCUCAAUCUUUGUAGCACAGUUAAUCUCUGCAGAGUUCAAGGGAAACGCAGUCCCCCUCCCGCAUUCUUACAUGAAGGCCCCCAGUCAGGCUGGAACAGUGCUGUUUCCCAGCCAUGGUCCUGUUUUAGUUCUGUUCCCCCCCCCCACUCCUGUUCUCCUCCCAGAUUUUCUGAAUUGUUUCUGUGCCUAUGCGGUGUAUGCCAGUUAAACAUGGUGGCUGGAACCGGGGCCCCUUAAGCUAUUGCAGGUGGGGAGGGAGCCAGGGAAGUCGCACGAGACUGGAAGUGCUCGGGAUGGUCUGGUGGUUCUGAGGCAGAAGCUCAGGAAACAACAGACCACACCGAACAAGCCAAAACUGCCACGUGCGUCUCCUUCGAGGAAUCUCGUUUGCCUGUGACCAAAGCUGCCUCCUCGGCUGGCACCACGUGCUUCGCGUUGAUCCCCUUCAGACAGGCCAGGGGCAGAGCGGGGGCCAGCUCGCCUGUUUCUGGGAGCAGCAGAGUUUCCAAAGCGGGCACACACCCGUCAGGCGCACUGGUUUCGCAGCACUGGCGCUCCUGUUACUGAGCACAAUUCCUUAUAGCACCAUGUGUGAGUCAGGGCUGGAAACAGUUUGUUCAAGAAGUACUUCCCCACGCUGCUGUUUGUAGCAGCACUUUAAUCGCAGGGGCUUUCUUCUAAAUGGGGACUGGCUGAAUAAGGUUAGUUCCCUUUUGCUAUAGCCUGUUAGACUUCCUCUUGAACCCUUGUUAGGGAAUAUUUAAGCACUGAGCCGACGUUUACUUGGUCUUCGACUGUUCUGCCAAGUUGCCCUGAAACCUUUCUGAAACUGCACAUUAAAGUUAUUUAAGUGUC